GCUCAUUAACUUGCUUGGAAGUAGUUUUAAUAAACUUAUUCGAAUAUUCUGUAUAUGACACAUCUGUUAAAUAUGUCCAUAAACAAGGAACAAAUGGAUCCAUAUAUGAAGGCGACACACACCAAACGCUUCGUUGUAGAAGAUUCAAUAACCAAAGUAACUUCUGAUGGCGAACCACAUGAGAUGAUGACAAUGAUUGCCGGCCUUUCGGGCCUCUUCGCUGCCAUGGUCAUACUGGCUGUGCUAAUAUCUUUAGUCAGCUGUAAAAGCGGUAAAAAACCUAAACAUUGCAAAAAUUGUCCGCGCACAGCCAAUGCAAAUGGCAGUGUUACACGCAACUGCACGCUGAAUGGCAACAAUACACCCGCAAGCCUUGAGGAAGGCAAUUCGGUGUCUACGACGCCUACACACAAUUCAGGUGUGUCGGUAAUUUCCACAGGCGGCAAUCUAUCGGGUAACCUGAACUCAGCUUUCAUGGAUAGCGAACUAAAUUUGGCCAACACCUUGAAGAAGCCGAAGAAGAAAACACACUGGAGUGAUGAAGUGGAUGCAGCAGGACACAUCAAGGAAACAGCUGUAGAUAUCGAGCGGUUUUGAAGGAAUGUGGAAUAAGGUGAGAGUAGCGUGCCAUUCAACGAAUGUAUGCGCAUGCGCGGAUUGACAUUUCGGCUGGUCGCAGCAAUCUGCUAUAUGUGAAGACUGAUUGGGGGAGGUUUUGGCCAAAGCUUCUUUCGUUUGUUUUAGUUUACUCGCAAGAUGUAUACCUAACAAUUGAAAAAAUAUUUGUAUAUUAAACACACACGUUUACCUGAUAUAGCAUGUAAAUACAUAUGUA